GGCGCUCCCGCCGGCCAUGACCGGCGAGAAGCUCCGCUCGCUGCGCAGGGACCACAAACCCAGCAAAGAGGACGGGGACCUGCUGGCGGCCGGCGAGGACGAGGCGGCCGCGGCGCCCGGGGGCGCCUUCACGGGCGGGAAGGGCGGGCGGGCCGGGGGGCACCGCGGGCCCGGCGCUCACCGGCACCGCCCGCCGGCCCGGGCCGCCCCCGCCGGGCCCGAGCGCGGCCCCUUCCCCGUGCACGAGUGCGUGUUCAAGGGGGACGUGCGGCGGCUCUCGGCGCUCAUCCGCACGCAGGGCAUCGCCCAGAAGGACAGUCACGGAAACACUCCUUUACAUCUUGCUGUGAUGUUGGGACAUAAAGAAUGUGCCCACCUGCUUUUAGCCCAUAAUGCUCCAGUAAAGGUGAAAAAUGCUCAGGGAUGGAGCCCUCUGGCCGAAGCCAUCAGCUAUGGAGACAGACAGAUGAUUUCAGCACUCCUGAGGAAGCUCAAGCAGCAAUCCAGGGAAAGUGUUGAAGAGAAACGACCUCGAUUAUUAAAAGCCCUGAAGGAGCUAGGUGACUUCUAUCUAGAGCUUCACUGGGAUUUUCAAAGUUGGGUGCCUUUACUUUCCCGAAUUCUGCCUUCUGAUGCAUGUAAAAUACACAAACAAGGUAUAAAUAUCAGGCUGGACACAACUCUGAUAGACUUUACUGACAUGAAGUGCCAACGAGGGGAUUUAAGCUUCAUUUUUAACGGUGACGCCGCACCCUCCGAAUCUUUUGUAGUUUUAGACAAUGAGCAAAAAGUUUACCAGCGAAUACACCACGAGGAAUCCGAGAUGGAGACAGAAGAGGAGGUUGACAUUUUGAUGAGCAGUGACAUUUACUCUGCCACCUUAUCCACCAAAUCCAUCACAUUCACACGGGCCCAGACUGGCUGGCUCUUCAGGGAGGACAAAACUGAAAGAGUAGGAAACUUCCUGGCAGAUUUCUACUUGGUGAAUGGACUUGUGUUGGAAUCCAGGAAAAGAAGGGAACAUCUCAGUGAGGAGGAUAUCCUUCGGAAUAAAGCAAUCAUGGAGAGCCUGAGCAAAGGGGGAAACCUCAUGGAGCAGAAUUUUGAGCCCGUGCGCCGGCAGUCACUGACCCCACCGUCCCCCAACACCAUCUCCUGGGAGGAGUACAUCUCUGCAGAGAGUGGCAAAGCUCCUCACCUGGGCAGGGAGCUGGUCUGCAAGGAAAGCAAGAAAACCUUCAAAGCCACGAUAGCAAUGAGCCAGGAAUUCCCCUUAGGAAUCGAAUCGUUGUUGAAUGUCUUAGAAGUCAUUGCACCCUUCAAGCACUUUAACAAACUUAGAGAAUUUGUUCAAAUGAAGCUUCCACCAGGCUUUCCUGUCAAAUUAGACAUCCCGGUGUUCCCCACCAUCACAGCCACUGUGACCUUCCAGGAGUUUCGCUACGACGAGUUCCAUGACUCCAUCUUCAGCAUUCCCGACGACUACAAGGAGGAUCCCAGCCGCUUCCCGGACCUCUAGGGGGGGCUGGAAGCUUCCUGGGGAACGCCCACGUGCCGGGGAAAGGGAAUGGCCGCAGCCACAGUAGAGUAGAGCCGUGGGGCCACAGGAAGGGAUGAACUGCGUGAGCCCAAAGGCAGCAAAGGGAACGAGCAGCAGUGCGGAUGUGCUGGCACUGCACUGGGCAUCAGCCCCCUGGGCAUCAGCCCCCUGGGCAUCAGCUCCUGCUUCCCAGAGCCUCCUGCUGCCAUUCCCUUUGGCACAGCCAGUCCUGGCCCAGGAGCUGCCACCCCCAGCUGCGAGGAGCUGCUGGUUUUUAAAUUUUUUUUACAUUGCUGGACCUUGGCACCGAGCUGGGCCCGGGGCUGGGGGUGAGCCCCCCCCCUUCCCCCCCAUCCUUCCCGUGCUCCCUGUUCCCUGAGCUCCCAGCUCAGCCAUGGAAUGUUGGAAGGUAUCCCCAAGGAAUGCCUUGGCUGUAGAUGAAUGAACCAAAUGGGCACCAUUGACACUUGGAUUUGCUGCUGCACCCCAGGGCAGAGCCAGCUGUGCUCUGCAGGGAGUGAGGCACCUCUGGAGCACCAGCCUGGUGCUGUCCCUGCCUGAUCCCUCCAUUCCCACUCCCCUCCCUGCUCUCUGCUCCCUGCCUGCCUCCCUGUGCUUUUGGGGAGCAUUCCAGGGCUGCCUGGGCCAGGAAUGUCACUUUUUAAUCCUAUUUUUGAGCCUCACUUGGGAGAGGUGUCCCAGCACUGAGCACCACCAGGUCAGUCCGUGUGUGCAGCCUGGAAAUCUGGGAUGCCCAGAGGCCCUGGGGAGAGCUCAGGCAUUGCCCCUUCCUGCACGAGGAGCUUUCCCUGCACUCGUGGUGCUCACAGGCAGCUUUCACUGGGGUGUUCCCACUUCCAUUUCCUGCCUCUUUGUGUUUCUAUCACAGAGAAUCCCAGACUGGUUUGGGAUGGGGGGACCUUAGUCCCCCACUUUGUGGAUGUUUCAGUACUCCAGCUCCUCGAGCUUAUUCCCAUUCCCAGUUGUUCCAGUCUCCUCAUCUAAACCAAUAAUUCACCUUUUUGGGGUUUGUUAGGCAAGAUUUGUGCAGAAGGCUGAUGGUGCUAUUUGUUUGUAUGAAGAAAUUUAGAUUCAAGUGCUGUGGUGUCAUUGUACAAAAAAAUGUAAAUAUUUUCCAAAUUAUAUUCUUUGUGCACUGUAGGUAAAACUUUUUCUGGAAUUCCAUAGAGUUAAGGAUCAAAGUUUAUAAUGAAGAGGAUGCUCAGUGGAAGGGAACAGCUGUGCUGAGCACGAGGGACAAGGGAGGGGCUGAGCACAGGGCAAAGGUGUCAGGCACACCUGAGAGCAGGGGAUUCCAAACUGCUGGAAUCCCUGAGCCAUCCCAAAGAGGCUGCUCCGGGGAAGGACAGGGAGGAGGAGGAGGCCCAGGGAAUCACUGUCAGCAAAAUUCAGGAGCACCAGAGUGGGAGGGUGGGGUUGGUCCUUCCCCAGCACCUCUGUGAAGCUGGGGAGCACUGGGAUGUGUGGGAAUAGGGAAACACAGGGGAGCAGUGCAGCUUUGUUAAUUCAAACUCAAACCUAAAAUAAAACUUUAGGGAAAACAAGCAAAGGGAAAUGAGUCCUGCAGUGCUGUGUCAGGGCAGGUGUGGAGCAUCCUCUGGGAAUGAUGGAACUUGU